CAAUACUAUCACAAUGUCGUCUGCGUCUCGAGCUCUCAUCAGAGCCCUCGCACGCUCAGUGAAGGAUGGUAUAUUCCAGGAAAGCGUAUACGAAGGAUUAGCGAACGCACGCGCUCUGAAUGUCUCAUCAGAAAAACUCUUAGCAGAUGUACGCGCCACUUGUGGAUUAGCGGACACGCGUAACACUAAUGCAAUACCUGGUGCUAGUGGUAGCAGCCUGAAUAUGAACAUGAACAUGAACAUGAACAUGAAUAUGAACCUUAAUUUGGGUGGGGGUUCAACGGGUGUGAGCGAGAAGGGCUGGGAUUUGGGUCUGCAGGAGAAGCAGAUGCUUGUGCUGGUCAAGUACCUGCAUCGCUUGUUAGAGGUCUUUGAGCCGGUAUGUGAUUGCCAUAUGUAUACAUCCAUGUCACAUGUCUUGAUACCGUGUUGUCAACUGUAUUCAUCCAGGUAUGCUUCAUCAAGAUUAUUU